AUGCUUCCCCCCAUCCCCUUCCCUACUCCCCCACAUUCCUUCCCUCACUCACUCAUUCCUUCCCACCCUCACUCAUUUUUCCCCACCCUCUCUCAUUUCUCCCCACCCUCUCUCAUUUCUCCCCACCCUCUCUCAUUUCUCCCCACCCUCUCUCAUUUCUCCCCACCCUCUCUCAUUCGUUCCCAUCCUUUCUCAUGCAACUCACCCCCCACCUUCCUCAUAACAUAUUACCUGCCUUCUCUCCCAGACUCCACCCACCUGCCCUCCCCAUCCCUGCCUUUCCCUCCCUGCCCUGUCCUUCCCCUUCCCCAUCCCUUCCUUUUCAUGCCCUCCCCUUCCCCCUCACUCCUCACCAGCUGCCCUGUUGUUCCCGAGCGUGUGCACCCAUCUAUUUCCCCAUACAUGCUUUCAUCAUUCCCCAUGUCCCCUUUCCGUUACUACCCCAUGUCCCCUUCCCUGCUUCCCCCCAUCCCCUUCCCUGCUUCCACAACUCCCCUUCCCCGCCUCCCCCUGUCCCCUUCCCUGCUUCCCCGUGUCCCUUUCCUUGCUUCCCCCCAUCCCCUUCCCUUCUGGUGCCCCAUCCCUUUACAUGCUUCCCCCCAUCCUCUUCCCUUCCCCCCAUCCCUUUCCCUGCUUCCCCAUGUCCCCUUCCUUGCUUCCCCCCAUCCCCUUCCCAACUUCCCCGUGUUCCCUUCCCUGCUUCCCCAUGUCCCGUUCCCUGCUUCCCCCCAUCCCCUUCCCUGCUUCCCCAUGUCCCUUUCCCUGCUUCCCCCCAUCCCCUCCCCUGCUUCCCCGUGCUCCCUUCCACGGCACUCACACGCACCACUUGUCUGCUCUUCAUAUUCUCCCUCAGUUUCCUCCUCACAUGUGUUGCGGAACCCUGCCGACACUGUGCAGGCAAUUGUGCUGAAUCUGGAUCAUGGGGCAAAGGCAUUUGAAUCGAGUAGAGCUGUGUGGUGUGGUCAGUGCGGAGUGGCAUGGGAGGAAGGUGCAAGAAGGCAAGCACAGAGUGAAGAGGCCGCAGCAUGA